CUCGAGCGUCGCUCUGACCGAACAUCCCAUCCUCCUGUUUGUUUCUACAGAGCAUUGUGUCCCAUAAUGCUUGGCGAGAUUGACCACCAAGAUGGCUGACGUUAUGGAUGAAUAUGAGAAAGAAGCUGGCUGUGUUCCUAUUCUCCAUCCAGAGGAACUCAAGCCCCAGAGUCACUAUAACCAUGGCUACAGUGAGAAUGUGGGGCGCAAGAGCCACGUGGAUGACUACAGUACCUGGGACAUCGUGAAAGCCACGCAGUAUGGGAUCUUUGAGCGCUGCAGAGAGCUGGUGGAGGCAGGCUAUGACGUUCAGCAGCCGGACAAAGAGAACGUCACACUCCUGCACUGGGCCGCCAUCAACAAUAGAGUAGACUUGGUCAAGUACUACAUAUCAAAGGGGGCGAUGGUGGACCAGUUGGGAGGUGACCUCAACUCCACACCACUGCAUUGGGCCACAAGACAGGGCCACCUCACCAUGGUGGUGCAGCUGCUGAAGUAUGGGUCCGACCCCUCACUCAUCGACGGAGAGGGCUGCAGCUGUGUCCACCUGGCUGCCCAGUUCGGACACACCUCCAUUGUGGCCUACCUCAUCGCCAAGGGACAGGAUGUGGACAUGAUGGAUCAGAAUGGAAUGACUCCCUUGAUGUGGGCAGCUUACAGGACACACAGCGUGGACCCCACCCGGCUACUGCUGACCUUCAACGUGUCGGUCAACCUGGGUGACAAGUACCACAAAAACACGGCUCUGCACUGGGCCGUGCUGGCCGGCAACACUACAGUCAUCACCCUGCUGCUGGACUCCAACUCCAAUGUGGAUGCACAGAACAUCAAGGGUGAGACACCGCUGGACCUGGCCAAGCAGAGGAAAAACGUCUGGAUGGUCAACCAUUUACAGGAGGCUCGGCAGGCCAAGGGUUACGACAGUCCUGGCUACCUGAAGAAGCUGAAGAUGGACAAGGAGUUCAGACAGAAGAUCAUGUUGGGGACCCCCUUCUUGGUGAUCUGGCUGGUGGGCUUCAUCGCUGACCUGGACAUUGACUCCUGGCUCCUCAAGGGCCUCAUGUACUGUGGCGUGUGGGUCACUGUGCAGUUCCUCUCCAAGUCUUUCUUUGACCACUCCAUGCACAGCGCCCUGCCCCUGGGAAUCUACCUGGCAACCAAGUUCUGGAUGUACGUGACCUGGUUCUACUGGUUCUGGAUUGAUCUCCCGUUUGCCACCGUCCACCUGCCUUUCCUCCUGAACAGUGUCUGUCUGUUCUACAACUUCGGCAAGUCCUGGAAAUCAGACCCCGGGAUCAUCAAAGCCUCAGAGGAGCAGAAGAAAAAGACUAUAGUUGAACUGGCGGAGACGGGCAGCCUGGAUCUCAGCAUAUUCUGCAGUACUUGUUUGAUACGGAAGCCCAUCCGGUCCAAACACUGUGCCGUGUGCAACCGCUGUAUCGCCAAGUUCGACCACCACUGCCCUUGGGUGGGCAACUGUGUCGGAAGUGGGAAUCACCGCUACUUCAUGGGUUACCUGUUCUUCCUGCUCUGCAUGAUCAGCUGGAUGAUCUACGGCUGUAUCUGCUACUGGAGGAUCCACUGCGCCACCAACUACACCAAGGAUGGUUUCUGGCUGUACCUGACGCAGAUCGCCUCCUGCUCUCCCUGGAUGUUCUGGAUGUUCCUCAACAGUGUGUUCCACUUCAUGUGGGUGGCUGUGCUGAUCAUGUGCCAGCUCUACCAGAUUGCUGGUCUGGGAAUCACCACAAACGAGAGGAUGAACGCCAGGAGAUACAAGCACUUUAAAGUAACGGCCACUUCCAUCGAGAGCCCCUUCAAUCACGGGUGUGUACGGAACCUCAUAGACUUCUUUGAGAUUCGCUGCUGUGGCCUGAUCCGGCCCAAGGCGAUAGACUGGACCACACAGUACACAAUCGAGUACGACCAGACGUCCGGGUCGGGCUACCAGCUGGUGUAGAAGAGAGGAGAGGUGGAGCGACGGUGUCUAGAAGAGGAGGAGGAGGAGGGGGUUCCCCAGGGUUCAAUAUCGGAGCCAGGCUGUUCUCUGGAGCACUCCCCUCAGACCUCCUUCCUCACCGAUUCAGACUGAGAAAACCAGCCAGGAACUAGCAUGCUGUUACGGGACACCACCAUAAGACCAACACCUACUACUAGUCUAUAUGAAACCACCUCCAUUACUGUACCCACCAUGACCUCCGAGCCCCUCCUGGGGGGGCCUUCUCCUCUGCUGGUCCCCCCUCGUCUCUCCUGCCCAUGGACGGUGCACCGCUGCCAGACGCGGCAGGGAGAGAGGCAGAGGAGAAUAUUUGUUUGCUGUACUAGAGUCAUUAAGCUGUGGUGAAGGCAGUACGGUUGACGGCAGUAUCAUUUUUUCCCCUUUUUGGUUUAUUUUCCCAUUUUAUUUUUUUAGAUACAUUUUUCACAUCCAUUUUUUUUAUCAGCCAUUUUAUUGCCCUGCAGAUUUUUAUUUUGAAUUUCAGUUUUUUAUUGUUGCUCAAAACUCUAUUGUUCCUUUUAGAACUGGUGGCUAGGGAGACUGAGGAAGGAAGGCCUUUUAAGGAAGAAGUUGGUUCUUAAGCAGGAUUUGAUAAGGGAUGGUUACUAUUGCAUGGUCAUGUACUGUCGUUCAAGUCUUUGUGCAAGUUACCCUAAGGAUUGCUUAGAAUUGCCAAAGUUGUUAAACUUGUCAGUAUGUCAUAAAAUGGCAUUUGCAAUCGUUGGGGGGGGGUCUAUUCCCAGUGGUCUCUUUCACAAGGUAUUGAAGGUGCAGAUAGGAGCGUCAUCCUACUUAUAAUGUGAUGCAAGCAUAUUUAUUUUAACUCUAUUUAUAGAUCAAAUGAUGUUAUUGUACCACCUUAUUUUAAAUUUGUUUGUUUUUUUAUCAAGAAAACAUUAGCUAAUAAAUCAUAUAUGGAUGUCUGACAUGGUGCCCUGAGACCUUCACUAGAAAAGUAGGGACACACACACACACACACACACACACACACACACACACUAAUAUAAGAGUAGUGUUAAUGAGAGAUCAACUAGAGUCAGGGGAAGAUGAGGCCAUUCCAUCCCAGACUGACACACACACACACACACUAAUAUAAGAGUAGUGUUAAUGAGAGAUCAACUAGUCAGGGGAAGAUGAGGCCAUUCCAUCCCAGACUGACACACACACACACACACUAAUAUAAGAGUAGUGUUAAUGAGAGAUCAACUAGUCAGGGGAAGAUGAGGCCAUUCCAUCCCAGACUGACACACACACACACACACUAAUAUAAGAGUAGUGUUAAUGAGAGAUCAACUAGUCAGGGGAAGAUGAGGCCAUUCCAUCCCAGACUGAAUGGAUGCUUCUGGGAGUUUACAACAAAGGUUCAUUCCAUGUGUGUAUUUUUAUUUGAUUUUUUGGGGGGGUCCUUUUGUUUGUUUGUCUGCCUAUGGCAAUGCACUGAUCACCUUUUUUGUUUCCGGUCUCGCCGUUACUGAAGAAAUACAGGCGUACUCCCGCCGCACACUUCAAUGUUUACCGAUUUUGAAGGAGCUCGGGCCCAAUGAGAAAAAGGUAUAUAUAGCCCGAGACCUGCCCCUUCCUCUGGGUUCUCAUCUGUUAUUGGUCAUUACAUUUCCCGCUAGUAGUCUACGCAGCACAAGGACGGACUGAAAUGUAAAAUAUGUCCAUCUGUACAUAAACCAUCUAGUUUU